AGGGGCAACAAUUUAACAACCAGAGGGGAGAGUCACGCCAUCAGAACAGAAGAACAUGCUUUAAUUCGGAAAAGUAAUAGGUAAACAAAGGUAACAAACGUUCACCUCUGGAGCAAGAAUCGACUAUUUGGGCAAGGUUACUGUUUCGUGCGUGUCGGAAUGAAGUCUACUCAAAUCUUACUAUCCACUGCACUUAUUUUCCUUCUCUCGGGACUUUCCAUGACCACAGCCUGCAACAAGGCUCUCUGUGCCAGUGAUGUCAGCAAAUGUCUCAUUCAGGAGCUGUGUCAGUGCAGGCCCUCGGAUGGGAACUGCUCGUGCUGUAAAGAGUGUAUGCUCUGUCUUGGCACACUGUGGGAGGAGUGCUGCGACUGUGUGGGGAUGUGUAACCCUAGGAACUACAGUGACACUCCAGCUACCUCCAAAAGCACGGUGGAGGAACUCUACCGACCCAUCCCCUCACUGUUCCGCGCCCUCACCGAGGGCGAAGCGCCCAUCAACAUGAUGGUGGUGUCCUUCCCCGUGGCCGAGGAACUAUCUUACCACGAGAACCUGGUGUCCUUCCUGGAGACCAUGGAGGACCAGCACGAAAAUGUCUCCCUGCCUGGGAACAGUAUCCACGCCAGCUACGAUAACACCCAAAGUACUGAAGAUAACAUGUGCACUGUGGUGUACUUUGAUGACUGCGUGUCCAUCCGCCAGUGCAAGCAGUACUGCGAGUCCAUGGGCGGCUCCAAGUACCGCUGGUUCCAUAACGCCUGCUGUGAAUGCAUCGGCCCGGAGUGCCUCGACUACGGCAGCAAAGCCGUCAAGUGCAUGAACUGCCUGUUCUAAUGAAAGCCAAUGGGACUUGCCACGUUAGGGUACUGUGCUCAAAAUGCCACAAGGGGGCACUGUCUGCAAUAUGCAGAUGGGCUGAUGAGGUUGACCGAGGAAGAUGACUUGUGCCUCAGCCUUUUGUAAAAUGUUUCCAUAUUGUGA